UAAUGUCUGUGAAUACUGAAUAGUAAUAACUAAUAGUGUGAAAUGUGAAUUGUGAAAAAAUUAAUUAUUACGAUUUUUUUCAAGUUUUUGUAUAGGUACUAAUAUUGUUCAAUUGUUGUGGUUAUUAUUAUUUUAUUUGUUAACAUAUGAUUUCUAAAGUCAAUACUUAAAUUACAAAGUAUAACUUUCCAACUAUAACACUGUUAACUGAUUAUCCAAAGUUUUUAUAUAUUUACUGUAAUAUUGCAUACAUUAGAACACUAGACAUAUUAUGAUUAUUAUGAGUAUAUGAGUACGUUCUAUUUAUUAUGAUUGUUUAAAACAAAAUACAAUACAAGAAUGUUGUUGUGAAUUAAACCCCUUAGGUUUGAAUGAUAAGUUAUUAAAAUUGCAAAUUGAAUUAUUUUAAAAAUUACAUAUCAACAAUAGCCAAUAGGUAUAAUACAUCAAUAUGGACACAAUGCACUCAAAUAUUGACUUGGCUUUAUUUUCGAUUAAGCAAAAUAAAAGUAUUGAGAACCGAGUAAAUAAAUACUCCACAAAAAUUAUUCUAUCAAAUUUUACUGAAGAAACAAUUACUAGUUAUAAUAAACAUACAUUAAAAAAAAAUACAAAUAUACAAUUUCAGAACACUAAUAACAAUUUUUGUAACGUUAUUAGUGCUCCUUCAAUAUGUAAGAACAACACAAUUCAAAGUAAAAGUUAUUUAAAUAAUGACGAUUAUAGCACAAAUAAUAAAGCUGAUCCUUGUAAAAACAUUGUGAUGAAAACAAAUGAUGAAAUUCAUAUUAAAACAGACAAUAAAAAUGUUCAUCUAAAAACAGCAAAUAAAAAGCAAAAAAAUAUAUCAUUUUCAAAUGAAAAGCUAUGGGAAAUUAAUAGGGUUAAUCAAAUCUUACAUAAUAAAAUUACUAAUGCAGUGAAACCUACUUAUACGAGGGUUAACCCUUCUAUAUCAUUAGUUAAAGCCACAUCAACAAUAAAUAGAGAGAGAAAAAAUAAAGACAUUGUUAAGGAGAAUGAAAUUCUUGCCAAGAAGUUGAGGAAUGUAAGAUCAACCAUCUUUAAGUGAAUUGAAGUUUUUAAUUCAAUACCUAUUCUUGAUUUUGUGAAGAAGAUUAAAUUUUUAUUUUGCUUGCACAAGUUAUAUUAUGUGUGUAUUAACAAGUGUAGAUUGAUAUUUUUGUUUUUCUAAUUUCUAGUUCAAAAUACUAUUGAUAAUUACAAAUUUUGUUCAAAAUAUAAAAAAAAAAAAUAGUUUAUUAAUAGUUUUAAUAAGAUCCAAAUAUAUAAUUAUGAUAUACGGUUCACGAUAUAAUGUAGCUAUAUGAUUUAAAUUUAUUAAAUUCAGUUUUAUACAAUUUUUAUUUUUAUUUAGUUCCAAUAAAAAUUAUUGUUUUUA